CUCCGAAAUUUAAAAUAAAAUCUCUUUGGUCGUGUCGUCGUCGCAAUUAAAAUUUUAAAUCGGCUGCGGACGCGCGCAGACUGUUUAGAAUUCGUACAUAUAUUUUAAUUGAACCGAGCUCGCAACGAGCUCAGUGCGUGCAUGCAAAUUUUUGGCAUAAAACGGCCGCGACUUCUUGGAGGCAGCGCACUUAGCAGAGCCAUUCCGCCGGGGCAGCAACUAAUCCGACACAGAAACCUAGGCCGAGUCCAAUUCGAGUCCAAAGCCAAUCCAAACUACCUCUGACUGCAGCCAGAUUUCGUAAUCCCGCAAAGAACCUACCAGUAGCCAGACGCCAGUCGCCCAGUCAGUGAAAGUGCGCGUGUGUUGGUCGCUGAAGAAAAAUCUCUCAUAUCAAUUAUAACCUGCGGUGUCAGCAGGCCGUAGCAGUAGCAGCAGUAGCAGCAGCAGCGAAUCAUCGCCACAAAUACACAGCCGGAGACCCAGACUCGGCCACCAUGAGCGGAUACACAGACCUCACCAAGCUGGAGACAAGUCGGAACUGCCUGCGCCGCAUCGCCCGUCACGAUGAGCAGCAAUUCUCCAAAGACAGCAUCGUCAACGUGAUGGAGAAGUUUGUGAAGACUGUCAACAUUAUGGACGACACCAUACUCGUGCCAUGCAGGCUCAUGGAUCGACAGAUCGGCGACAGCACUGACAUCAUCCCGGCCACUAUCGGCAAGGACACAACCGCCAACCAGCUGACACAGAGCUCCAGCGCCCAGGGCAAGCGGGGCGCAGCGCACUCGAAGAACGUCCAAGACUUCCUCAGCGCCUCCGAGCUCUUCAAUCUCUACAACAUGCUCAACUCGCUGAAAAAAGAUUUGCUCUGGACGGCCAACCAGGAGGACGACGAGCAGCACCAACAGCAGAGUGAACAGCAGCAGCUGCUCAAUGCUAGCCCCAAUUCCACUUCGAAUUGCAAUCCCAGCGAGAGCAAGACUGAGUCCAGCACAAGCAACGUUGCAGUCACAGGCACAGGCGCUUCUAGCGGCAUUAAGGGCCAUGUGCGUCGAACCUCCACCGCCUCGAUGAUGUCCACCAAUUCGGUGAGCAACAUGAGCGACUCGGACUCGGACAUCUCGCAGGAGAACGACUCGGGCCUGGAAUCGGACGGCAACAAGAGCGACCACGCGCAAAGCACUGACGGUAGCGACAUCGUGGAUGUUACCAAGUCGAAGCAGGCCUCCGGAGACAAGGCCACGGAGCUGGCACAGCGCUGCCGGAGGCAUCUGAACGGUCUGUACCAGUGCCUGGAACAAAUGACAGAGGCGGCCAACUACCUGACCGCCAGAUACCAAAGUGAUAUUGGGCCCGUCUAGGACGGCCCUCUUCUCCUAUACUUUUCUCCUAUUCUUCAAUCCCUAACCCUAAACCUGCUCCCAUUAGAUAGCAGCUUCCUUCAUACCAUAGUCGCGGGCGGGUCUCUACUCUCAUUAGUAUCAAGUAAACCAAGUGUGAGGUCUUUCUUUAACUGUAACUGUAACUAUAUCCGUAUCCGUAUCUGUAUCUACUAUGUAUAUGCUAAUGUAUAUGUAACUUGAGGGGGUGCUAAGAAAGACAGCCGAUGAGGAUCGAUUGUAUAAAUGUAUAACUGAGGAUGAAGAUGAGGAAUAAUAGCUAGUUUAGUAGUGGAUGGAGCAGCCUAAGCCGAAAGCAACAAAUUAACAAGUCAACAAUAUGUUCGUUCUAAUGUAUAAAUUGGUAGCCUUUGCGUUAAAUCACUCUUAUGGGUUUUAAGGGGAAUUCGGAAUCGAUGUGACUAAACAGACAGACUAAACCACAGCCCAAAAGUCCCUCGUACAUAUAUAUUGUUUAUUGGAAAUAGAAGCUAGCUACGGGAACUGCAAGCAAACACACUGUUCAACAAGUACAAGAAAUCUAAUUUCUAACUAAAUUACAACACACACACACACACACAAGGGGGGUGGGGGUCAAUGGCAACGGUAUGGGGCGACGGGAGUAUCAGGCGCCGCCCCCCACUCCACUCUUAGUUCGUAAUG